ACACACACACACACACACACACACACAACCUCCUUCUACAGUGUAACAGUCACAUAAAACUGCCUGUUUCACUAAGUUCUUGUCUUCACUCUACUAUGAUGCUGUUUCUGAUCGUGCCACUGUGGGCUCUGUUCACUUUCAGCCAACAGGCGACGUCAGCAGAUAAGUGUGUGUGUGAGUUGACUUAUUCUGAGCAGGCAUUCCCUCAUGACAAACUCAGCACAGUGGAGGACAAUGCAUCAAAAUGCAACAUGGAGAUUACCUCCCAGAAGACUCUAGAGCUGGAGAGUCUGCUGCUGGGUUUGGACCGACGUCUCCCCGAGCUGCAGGAGGACGUGGCAAUGCUGGAGAGAGAGAAUGACGGAGAGCUUUAUGGAGUUGUCAGUCUGCAGGUAAUAGAGAAUGAUUUGAAGGACAUCAAACAGAUCAUCGACAAGCUGAAUAGCACCACCACGGAAGACCAGCACCUCACCAUUGACACAACUAAACAGCUGGAAGACGUGAAAGCAGAGAUGCAAGAGCUGAAAAAGUACGACACCAUGCAGGUGGUAAUAAGACAAGAAGCUAACCAGCGUUUGAAGAGAGAUCUGGCGCAGUGCAGGAAUGAACUUCACCCCAUCAUCCAACCCACUCAGCCCCAACAUGGUAACUGUCCACAUGGUCAGUUUGUAAACAUCACUGGGCCCAGGGUGAACACAGCAGGAGAGUUUCCUGGCACCAACAAGUAUGGUGCUUGGGGUCGGGAUCCCAAACCAGAGGUGGGGAAAGAGAACUGGCAUUGGCUGGUAAUGAUGAUAGCCAGCAACAGAUACUCCAACUAUGUUCGUCUAUACUCAAGCCUGAGUUCUCUCAUUGUUGGGGUGAGCGUCCCAGGGAAUAUCAUGAUCCACACCAGCAACCCAACCACCAACACCAUCCAGGGUCCAAAUGUUGUUCUGUUUGGUGGGGCCUUAUACUACAACUGUUACAACCAAGAUGCUGUUUGUCGAUUCAACCUCACCGCUAAAACCAUUUCCACAUUACAACUACCCAAAGGCACCAGAUUUAACUCAAAGGGAAACUUCUGCCACCUUGAUGAAUGCUACCCGUUCACCGAUCUGGACCUGGCAACAGAUGAGUCCGGGGUCUGGGUUAUCUACACCACCACCCAGGACUGUGGAAACCUGGUGCUGUCCAAGGUGGAGGACGAUGAAAUUCUGACACUUGGCCAAACCUGGCACACCUCGGUCUACAAGCAGGGGGUGACCAAUACCUUUAUGUCAUGUGGUUUGCUCUAUGCCACAAGGUACAUCGACAAAGAAGUGGAAGAGAUCUUCUACUCGUUUGACACUGUGACAGGGCUGGAGAAAUUCAACAUUGGAAUCUUCAUCAGGAAGAUGUCUCCCAACAUUUAUUCACUGAACUAUAGCCCUGUGGACCAGAUGUUACAUGCAUACUGUGACUCCAUUAUGGUCUCCUAUAAGGUUCUGUUUGAAUGAAAUACACAUUUUGCACACAAUGACUAAGAUAUUCUACUAAUUUGCUAUAUGAAAUGUAAAUUAUGAGUGUAAAUCCACUAAAACAUUCAAUGUUUUCAACAUUUAGAUCUUAACAAUUCCAAAUUUGCGUAAAGUUUGUUAGUAUAAAUGUCAAUUAAAAAAAAUUUUCUAAAUUUGCUAUUUUCUAAAGUAAUUACCUGUAGCAAGACUAUCUCACAAUAAUUCUUUUUUUGUCAAAAUAAUUUUCAAAAUUAAAAGUUCUUUCUCCAAAAGUA